AAUUCCGCUCAGACAAGUUGUGUGCUCCUUGGGCCCCGUGUGCGCUUUCAGCAUUCUCAAUCAAUCAGCAGACCCGAAAUCGACCAUUUCCGAACACAGAUAACCAGCAGAGAUUUACGCCAAAAAUUAACAGGCUCCGCCCACCCCCCCGCCAGCGCCCACAGCAGCAAACAGCGGAUCAAGUGCAUUAUCCAAAAGGCCGCCAACCGCAAUCAACAUCCCAGACAACAAUCCACACGGAGCCAGAGAGAAAGAGCACCAGACCGAGAGAGAGAUAGAGUGAGAGAGAGUGCAGAGGGGAGACAACAGUUUCGAAAGCUAAUAGCAUUUUGCUUUCUCUGUGCGUGUGCCUGUGUGUUUGUGUGUGCGUGCGUGUUUUGCCGCGUGUUUUAUUCCUGUGUGAGUGACUGUACUUUUUGGCGCCCAAAUAACACUCGCGCGAAUCAGCAAAGCAAAAACAAGCAGACAAGCAACAAAUAAACAAACAAACAGUCGGACAGACAGGAAAAACAUUCAAACUAAUUAACAACAUUGAAACAAAGUGAAAUUUAAUGCAUUGACAGGGACGGAAUUCUAAAUGCGUGCAGCUAAGCGACAGUAUUUUUGCUCAACACUAAAAUAAAUAUAAAUACCCUGCACUCUUCACACUUCAGAGAUACAAAUACAGAAAUCUUAGCCGUGAUUAUUUGUUGCAUUUUUUGGACAAACGGAGGAAAGGAGAGAGCGAGCUUAAGCCAGAUACAACAAAAAAGAACAAGAACAAAAUAGCAGCAACAUAAAAAACAACAACAAAAACGUAGUACGAGUAGCAAAAGACACCACCAAUCUAAUUUUGAAGUAAAGAUAAAGAUAAUACCGCAAGAAAUUAGCCAAAAUAUCUAUAUGUUUAGUGUACAUAUUGAUCAUCAUAUAUGAACAUAUAUUUACAAGAACAAAACAACAACAACACCAAGGCCGCCUCUUCGCCAGAAAAGACAAACUACCAACAGAUAAGAGACCGCUAAAAGAUCGGUGGUCCGAUAAUCACAUACAGAUAUUUGAACGCAAGAGGAGACACAGAAAGGCUUCAAGAUAGAUACCAUGGAGGACAAUAACACAAGCAGCAGUGCGGGCGGUACGUCCAUCAAGCACGAGGACCCAUCGGUGACACUCACAAUAAGGCUGAUUAUGCAAGGAAAGGAAGUUGGUAGUAUUAUUGGUAAAAAGGGUGAAAUUGUCAACAGAUUUCGUGAAGAGUCUGGUGCCAAAAUUAAUAUAUCGGAUGGGUCAUGCCCGGAACGUAUUGUGACUGUGUCUGGUACAACUAAUGCAAUCUUUUCGGCAUUUACGCUCAUCACGAAGAAAUUCGAAGAGUGGUGCUCGCAGUUCAAUGAUGCAGGCAAAAUUGGCAAAACUCAAAUACCCAUACGAUUGAUUGUGCCCGCCAGUCAAUGUGGAUCGUUAAUUGGCAAGAGUGGCUCAAAGAUCAAGGAGAUACGCCAGACCACGGGCUGCUCCAUACAGGUGGCCAGUGAAAUGCUGCCCAACUCCACAGAGCGAGCGGUUACCUUGAGCGGCAGUGCCGAGCAGAUCACCCAGUGCAUCUAUCAGAUAUGUCUUGUCAUGUUGGAGUCCCCGCCACGCGGUGCCACCAUACCGUAUCGACCAAAACCGCAAGUAACUGGCCCUGUUAUAUUGGCCAAUGGACAGGCCUUUACUAUUCAAGGCAACUAUGCAGUGCCCACACAAGAGACCUGUCCAGUAUUUCCACUUGCCCUGGCUACCGGCGGCCUACAUGCUGGUAUUUCAGGCUUAGCGGAUCCUUUAUUAAAGGGGGCACAUUUACAAGGAGCGGUACCAGCACACCACCAUCACCUACAGCAAAUGCCCGAUCAGGUGGCCAAGAACCCGUUGGCCAGUCUGGCUGCCCUGGGCCUGGCUGGCAUGAACCCAGCCAGCACUGGGGGCAUCAACCACACAGGUGAGUUGAGCGCUUCAUCGAUCAGAGGCCAGGCAGAUUUCCAAUCUAAUCUAGGCUCUGCCCCAGCAGCCCUGGCUGCACUGGCCGGGUCGCAACUGCGUACAGCCAACGCCGCCAACCGCGCCCAACAGCAGCAGCACGAGAUGACCGUAUCCAAUGAUCUGAUCGGUUGCAUCAUCGGCAAGGGUGGCACCAAGAUUGCCGAAAUCCGCCAGAUAUCCGGCGCCAUGAUCAGGAUCUCCAAUUGUGAGGAGCGCGAGGGCGGCAAUACCGACCGCACUAUAACCAUUAGUGGCAAUCCGGAUUCGGUGGCCCUGGCCCAAUACUUAAUCAAUAUGAGCGUUGAGCUGCAGAAGGCCAAUCUCCUGGAGCAGGCCCAGGCCCAGCAGAACGGCGGAGCGGCUGCAGUGGGGGGUGCUGGAGCUGUACCCGGAGCUGUGACCUCCGUCGGCACAUCCGCCGCGGCCACCAACGGAGCCCUGACCACAGUGGCCCUCGCCGCAGGAGCAGCAGCGGCAGCAGCAGCAGGAGCUGCAGGAGCAGGUGGAGGCAGCAACGGUAGCCCCACAGGCGCCGCCAAUGGCAGCAACAGCUCGAUCAGCAGCAAUGGCAGCGUCUCCGCCUCAUAUGCCAGCGUCAAUGGCAGCCAGAGCAGCACCGGAACCCCGAAUGGCACCGCUGCCGGGAUCAAUCCGGUGGCUGCUGCUGCUGCACUCAACAGUCCCCUUGCCUCGGCCCUGCAGCUGCUGACCAAGCCAGGAGCCCUGAGCGCUCUGUCCAACCUCAGCGCCCUCGAUCUGCUCAGCCUCACCUCGCUGGGAAACGACAACGGGGGCUCGCCGGGCGGACCGCCAGUGCAGACGACCGGCGUGAAUCGCGGCAAGGGACACUACGCGCGGUUCCGGCAGCAUCAGGCCGAGACCGGGGUCGAGUCGGAGAAGCAGCGCAACAAAUUUAAUCCGUACUAGGAGCAGGCGGAUGCCUGCCCCGAGGUGCCGCCAGAUCAGGCCUGGAUAGGGAUCGGAGGGGAGAGGCCGAUCAACGAUUGAUAGUCGCUUAGUUUUGUAGGAUUUUUGCAUGAUUGCAUGAUGCAUAGCGUUGCGAAAGCUUUAGGGUUUAGGUUCUUGAACAAGAAGAAACGAAAAACAAACAAAUGUAUAAAUUCGCUUUAGUUAUUCGUACCCAUUGAUAGGGUACACCCCCAUUCGUAUUCAUAUUCGCAUUCGUAUUCGUAUUCGAAGUUUCAAGACAAUUUUUCCAUAUAGUUGAAGCCACAGUAUCCGAGUAGUUGAUAGACUUAUGCAAUAUUUAUCAAUGUUUUCGAAACACUUAACUAAACAAAGGAUAGAAACGCCAGCUAGGGCAGCUAAAUAGUAUCUAUUUAUCGUACAUCUUAUUAAUCGAUCGAAAAGGAGAGGAAAGCAAGCACUUGAACAAUAUUACGCGAAUCGAAUAUAUAGAAGGACGACAGAGUCAUCAUCUGUGUGUGGCCCGGCCCAAUCAAGAUUUACUGACCAAGUGACCAAGGACCCUAGUUGACCCUUUGUAUGGGGAGUUAUAGAUUUUCACAACCUCCCCCAAAAACCUUUUUAUAGAUCCAAACUAAUAUAUACGAGUACAUAUAUACAUACAACAUACUAAUAUCGUACAUUAUAGAAUUUGCCAAAUUUUAGCGCAUCUCAAGUAGAGUUCUUCGCAGCAUAUACUUAUAAUUAGUACCGAGUAGAUCACAUUAGUCGGAGUCUAUAUCGAAUAUCGAUAGAGAGAGCAGGAGAAACGAGAAUAUAGUUUAGCCACCACAACCUUUUCCCCAAAGCCAUUCAUUGUAACAUAUAACACACGCUCCAAUAUCUUAUAAUCCAUUUUACUCUUUUUAGCUAUUAAGCACAAUGUAUUUUCACCC